AUGCGUAUAAAGAUUAGAGAGAAAGGUGAUCAACUAUUUAGAUACAUCAAGCUAUAUAACCUUUCAUAUCUGCAUCUAUUGAUGACCAUUCAAGAUAGAUUCGGUAAAUCAAGUGAAUUACCACUCGAACUAUUCGAAUCGUCUAUACAAUCAAUAGUAUUGCUACCAGACAUUUCAAUACAAAAUGAUACAGAUAUUGAAUAUCUAAAUGAUAACGAUCAAUUAGAAGUAACAUUCAAAUAA